AUGAAGGGCUUCGUCGGCGGAAUCCCUAUCGCGCUGCUUGCAGUUGCUGCCCAGGCUAAGUUUGUUGAGCAUGCAUGUGACCUGUCACCUCAGGAGCAUGAUUUCGUACCCCAUGCCGGUGCCACCGUUAUCGGCGGUCCCUCUGGAGAUGACAGUGAUGGUGGCUUCACCAGUCCCUAUGCUGCCAAUAUCAAGACCAACACGCAGGUCCACGAGUACAGCAAGGAUGAUCACUCCGUCCACUUGAAGCACAAGGAUGUGUAUCCUCCUCCCCAUUUCCACUUCGGUCCCCCUGUUGUUGAGAAGGGCCCCCAGGUCCCUGGCAUGGGUCCUUUCGAGAAGCGUGGCGCACCUGGCGGCACUGUUAUCGGUGGCCCCUCUGGUAACGAUGAGGGCCAGAGCUUUGACAUGCCCAUCACCGGCAUCUUCCAGACGGAGGUGAACGACUACAACAAGGAUGAUCACUCCAUUGCUGUCAAGAACGAGGACGUCCACCCUCCCCCUCCGUUCCACCCACCUCCCCAUGGUUACCAUGGCCGUCCCGCUGGUCCUCCCUCCGCAGCAUUCAAUGCUCCUCCCUCGACCUUUGAGAAGCGUUGGGGUCCCGAGGAAGAGGAUGGUACCCUCAUCGGUGGACCCGGUGGUGGUUCUCACCACGGCCCUGCUGGCUUCCCUCAUCCCCACGGUGGCACCGUCAUUGGCGGUCCUUCCGGUAACGACGAGGGAGUUAGCUUCAGCAAACCAGUCACUGGCCACUUCAAGACCGAUGUGAACGAGUACAGCAAGGAUGAUCACUCCGUCCACGUGAAGCACAAGGAUGUCUACCCUCCUCCACACUUCCCUCCCUGGGGUGCUCCCUUCAAGCGCGGCUGGGGACGCGAGCAUGAGCAGGGUGCCACCGUCAUUGGUGGCCCCUCUGGAAACGACGGUGGCCAGAGCUUCAGCGCUCCUGUUACCAUCGACACCGACACUGAUAUCAACGAGCACAACGAGGAUGAUCACUCCAUUCACGUGAAGCACAAGGAUGUCUACCCUCCUCCUCACUUCCCUCCCUGGGGUGCUCCCUUCAAGCGCGGCUGGGGACGCGAGCAUGAGCAGGGUGCCACCGUCAUGGGUGGCCCCUCUGGAAACGACGGUGGCGAGAGCGUCAGCGCUCCUGUUACCAUCGACACCGACACUGAUAUCAACGAGCACAACGAGGAUGAUCACUCCAUUCACGUGAAGCACAAGGAU